UGUUUUAGUCUGUGUGUAGUGUGUGUGAAGGAAGGACAUGGCGUCUAACUCUACCACUAAAUAUUAUGCACUUUCCCAGUCUUUCAGCGUAUCUGAUAUCAUUGUAAUCGGAGCAUAUUUUUUAUUGAACGUCGCAGUUGGAAUAUGGUCAUCUUGUAGAGUGAGCCGAAACACACUAAGUGGAUAUUUUCUGGCUGGCAGAGACAUGGCUUGGUGGCCGAUUGGUGCAUCUCUGUUUGCCAGCAGUGAGGGUUCAGGAUUGUUCAUCGGUCUGGCUGGGACAGGAGCAGCAGGAGGGAUUGCCGUAGCCGGAUUUGAAUGGAAUGCAACUUAUGUCCUGUUGGCUCUUGCCUGGAUCUUUGCCCCAGUUUAUGUGUCUUCUGGGAUUGUCACAAUGCCAGAGUAUCUGGGUCGGCGAUUUGGAGGAGAGCGAAUUCGCAUGUACUUGUCCGCUCUCAGUCUGAUGCUGUCCGUGUUUACCAAGAUCUCAACAGAUCUGUACUCUGGAGCUUUGUUUGUCCAGGUUUGUUUGGGCUGGAAUCUCUACCUCUCCACUGUGCUCAUGCUGGUUGUAACUGCCCUCUACACUAUUGCAGGUGGCUUGGCUGCUGUAAUCUACACCGACACUCUUCAGACCUUCGUCAUGAUUAUUGGAGCGAUCAUCCUCACCAUUACAGCAUUCAACAAGAUUGGAGGCUACAGUAACCUGGAGAGCGUGUAUUUGAAAGCUGUGCCGUCUAAGAUCAUCCCGAAUACAACAUGUCACCUGCCCAGGGCUGAUGCCAUGCACCUGUUCAGAGAUCCUGUGCAUGGAGAUUUACCCUGGCCAGGCAUGACACUGGGAUUAACCAUCCUUGCAACAUGGUACUGGUGCACCGAUCAGGUAAUCGUGCAGAGGUCUCUAUCAGCCAAAAAUCUGAGUCACGCCAAAGGGGCGUCCAUCUUUGCCAGCUAUCUCAAAAUGCUUCCCAUGAUCUUCAUCAUCCUACCUGGCAUGAUCAGCAGGGCUCUCUACCCAGACAUAGUGGCUUGUGUGGACCCUGAAGAGUGUUUAAAGGUGUGUGGUGCAGAGGUGGGCUGUUCCAACAUUGCUUUUCCAAAACUGGUCAUUGAGCUCAUGCCCAGCGGCCUCAGGGGGUUAAUGAUAGCUGUAAUGAUGGCCGCUUUAAUGUCAUCACUGACCUCCAUCUUCAACAGCAGUAGCACCCUCUUCACCAUGGACAUCUGGAAGAAGUAUAGGAGAGGUGCUAGCGAGAAGGAGCUUCUGCUGGUUGGCAGGAUAGUGACUGUUAUUUUGGUGGUGAUAAGUGUGGUUUGGAUCCCAAUUCUUCAGAGCGCUAACAGUGGUCAGCUGUAUGUUUACAUCCAGUCAGUAACCAGCUAUCUGGCCCCUCCUGUUACUGCCAUUUUUGUAUUGGCUAUUUUCUGGAAAAGAACCAAUGAGGCGGGAGCAUUUUGGGGCCUGAUGGUUGGUCUGGUGGUGGGAUUGUCACGGAUGGUUCUAGAGUUUGCAUUCCCUCCACCCCGCUGCGGUGUUUUUGACCCUGCUCCCUCCGUCCUAAGGAGUGUACACUACCUGCACUUCGCCAUCAUACUCUGCGCCCUCACUGCCAUCGUUGUGGUGGUGAUCAGUCUAUUGACCCCACCACCUACUGAUGAACAGACGCUUAAUCUUACCUGGUGGACUCUCCACGACAGCACUGAGAGAGAAAUACCUCUACAGAAAGUAACUACACUCAGCCGCAGGACGGACGGUUGUGAGCCUGUACGCAGGGGUAAGUGUGUCCGCACAGCUGGGUUCUGUAGCCCUCGACCUGGCCGAUCUGCACCCGGGACACCACCUUCCAUUAUUCCCAGCAUCAGAGAAGAUCCCUUCUGGUCUCGCUUCUGCUGUGUUAAUGCAAUUAUUCUCGUGUGUGUCAACAUCUUUCUCUAUGCUUACUAUGCAUAACACACAGCCACCACACAAACGUGCACCAAUGAUUUUUUGUUUUUUGACUCCUGAUAAAUGUUUUACUUAUUACAUAGCAAUAUUAAAAUUAGAAUUAAAAUGAUUUACAUUUUUUUUAUAAAUGGUCAUUUAAAUCCUAUAGAAACAUGGUUCUGCAGCUUUUUUCUUUUUCUCUUAUAUAUAUAUAUAUAUUUAAACUCAAAAUGUUUCGCAAUUUAGAAUUUUUUAUCAGAAUUGUGAGUUUGCCUCUUGCAAUAGUUUUUUUUUCCCUUUCUGCCAUUACAUACAUUUUUCUUGAAAUUGCAAGUUUAUAUCUAUUCCAAUUUCUUUUCAGAAUUGCAACUUUCAAUUCUCACAAAUUUCAAGGAAAAAAAAAGAAUGAAUCGUGUAACAAACUCAGAACUGUGAGGAAAACGUCCCUAAUUGUGAGAUAAGAAGUCACAAUUACCUUUUUAUUUUUUAUGCCAUAAAACCCUUUAAAUUACUGGGCUACAUAAAAUAUUUUAUAGAUUGUUUUAAUAGUCGUUCAGUUAGCUUUACAUAUAAUGCAUUUAUGCUACAUUAAAGAACUGUAUAUUUUCCUUUGUGAAUGGAGCAAAAAAUAAAUUACCAUGCAUUUUUUUUCACAGCACAUUCUUAGGUAAUUCAUUAUGCUUAUAGUAAGAUCCUAUUAUAUGUUAAAUAUAUAAAUAUUUUUGAAUUGACUGGGAAAAAAAUAAAUAUGCUCAUUACUAGAUUCUCCCAAAGAUGUGGGUGUAAAUGUAACUGUAAAUUUGCGUCAUGGAAAAAAAAUUAACAGUGAUUUAACCGUAAUUUUCUGUAAAGCACACCAAUGGCUGUGUAAUUUGUGUCUGAAUAAUUAUUUCAACAAUAGCGUGAGAGUAGCCAUAGAUUAUAUGAGUGUAAGAAUAGCAUGUAGAUGAUUUUAAGAAAAGAAAAUUAGGGUGGGUUAUAUGAAAUGUUAACUGUUAAAUAUUUGUGGCUGUUCAUGUUCAACUUUUGUUUUCUCUUCAAUUUAUAUUAUUUUAUUGUUAAUGUGCAAAUGAAAAAUGUAUUCAAUAAAAUCACAAAGCAAUGUGUAAACCAAGUUUUUUUGUUUUUAAAGAUUUGAAAACAUUUUGGGCUAGAUGUUCUAAUCUUCCUUUAC